GGUGUCAAAUUCUGUAGUUGUAUCAGUGGUUGUUAAAUUUAAUUUUAGUGGCUUUUAAAUAUCUGAUAUUUUAAUAUUAAAUUAAAUAGUCUUUCUUUCUAAUAAACUUCUAAAAGCAAUGAGUGUAACGUCGUAUAUGCGUUCUAUAUUAUUAGUCAAUCAAAAUAAUCUUCUAAAAAGGAGUAUUUAUGUUAGUACAGUGCAUAAUAAAACUCAAGCUGGUCGUUACAGACCCAAACUAAAACAACCACAAGCAUUAACAUAUGAAAUGGCAAAUCCUCCUCAUUAUAUUGGAGCAAGAAAGUCUUGGAAUUCUUGGAACACUUCAAAUUUAGAAGGUGGUAACAGACCAUCAGAAACUGUUAUAGAAGAUAUCUUUAUUAGGAAUUUUAUAAAUGGGACAUGGCAUGAUAUGAUUGCAAGUGAAAUAAUUAUUAAACGGCAACAUAAUAUAGUCAGAAUCGCUUGUAUUGUUAUACGAAAAGUAUUACCUGGUAGAAUGUAUUUUUUAAUGGGUUAUUGUGAAGAGCUUUUAAGUUACUGGCUGCAUUGCCCGGUUAAAAUGGAGAUAGUAACAACACAUAUAAAAGAAGAUGUUAUAUACAAAGUAAUAUAACUUUGUAUAAAAAAUUUUUUUUUAAAUAUAGCUAUAUAUACAUUC